UGGUUGACGAAUUUCAAACAAAUUGAAAUAAACUGAAUACGGUUUUUGUCAUGUCGUGAUUGUGUGAGGAUUUUUUUUUUUUUUUUUACCAACUUUGUCACUUGCUGCCGCCGUGAUAAUCCUGUUUGUUCAGCUGUUUGGUGAAAAGUUUCAACAGAAGAAAAAUGUCAGUUGACAAAGACGAAAACCAUCAGAGGUUAAAGGCAGCAGUGCAUUAUACCGUGGGUCGACUGUGUCAGAAAAUCGGAGAGGAUCGCCAGAGAGAGUUCAGUCGACAAGUGAUAGCGGCAAUAGCUGAAACAACAUUCAGACAAUGUGAUACAUUUGCUAAAGACUUGGAGGCCUUUGCAAGGCAUGCUAAAAGAAGCACGGUGUCUGCUGAAGAUGUAAAGCUUGCAGCCCGCCGCAGUACUGCAUUGUCCAUCUACAUACAAAAGAAGAGUGAAGAAAUCAACCAGGAGCAGAGGGAUUUGAAAAAGAAGAAUACUGGGAAGAGGAAGAGCAGAGACACUGAGGAGGAGAGCAGAGAAUAAGGACAAGACACAGGCAGGCCUCUAGUGUCUCACUUGUACCCAACAUUCAAAUAAACAUGAAGGCUGAUUAACACA